UCGUCAUGAGGUUCACCCUCAAAGUUAGUGCUCUCGUGGCGACCGUUUUGCUGCCGCUAUCAACGUCAAGUAAGCAGCCGUGCUAGCAUGCUGGGCGUGAAAAAUGACACACUCAUCGCACGCACUGUCUUGUCUGUACGCCUAUCUGCCGCUAGGCACAGCAGUCACCUAUGGUGGCAUCAACAUUGCCGGUUUCGAGUUUGGUUGUGAUGGCGAGGGAAACUGUGACCCCUCUGCUGCAACGCCUCCUGGCCAGACUGGUAUCGACCAGAUGACCCACUUCGUCUCCAAGGGCCUGAAUGCCUUCCGUCUUCCCGUCAGCUGGCAGUACUUGGUCACCGACUUGGGAAAUACUAUCAACGCGAGUAGAAUCGCCACCUACGACAAGCUGGUUCAAGGCUGCGUCGACGCUGGUGCGAAAAUGUGCAUCGUCGAUCUCCACAACUACGCUCGCUGGGACGGCAAGAUCAUCGGCCAGAGUGCGCCCAGCGGACCAACAGAUGACCAAUUCGCAGAUCUCUGGAGCCAGAUUGCCAAGAAGUACAAAGCCCAAUCGAAAGUGGCCUUCGGCACCAUGAACGAGCCUCAUAACCUAAGCAUGGAGACGUGGGUCACAACCGUCCAGGCCGCCGUGACCGCCAUCCGCAACGCUGGCGCCACUGACAACAUUAUCUUACUCCCGGGUACUAAUCACCAAGCUGCCGGCGGCUUCGCGGAGAACUCAGGGGGUCUCGCCGCUGUCAAGAAUGUGGAUGGUAGCAAAACGAAUCUGGUUUUUGACGUCCAUCAAUACCUCGACUCCGACUCCACAGGCACGCAUGCAGGAUGCGUCACGAACGCGACCAAGGGCUCGUUUGCUCCACUUGCGACCUGGGCUCGCGAUCAGAACCGCCAGGUGUUCUUGUCGGAGACUGGUGGUGGACCACAGGAUUCGACCUGUAUCUCGUAUCUUAAGCAGACGCUGAGUUAUCUGAACGACAACAGCGACGUCUAUCUCGGAUGGACCACCUGGGCCGCUGGGUCUUUCAAAACAAGCUACGUACUGUCUGAGACGCCAUCUGGAGACACCGACGUGCCAUUGGUGAAGCAAGUCAUCAUACCUGCCUUGAGUGAUCUGCCGUGAGUGGGUAGGCCGGAGGACGUCAGAUGAGGUGUGUAUAUAUCCGUGUAACAUUUUCUACACGGUUGUAAAUAUUAGAAUGGUCCUGAUGACUGCAACGCAGUCGGGUGAGCGAACAUGAUUAGAUAGAUAGCGAAGGCGAA